AUGACUUUUCACCCUGAUUCCCUCCCAGACCUUACCGGCAAGGUGUACAUAGUCACCGGUGGGAAUUCGGGAAUAGGAUAUCACACUGUUGCCCGCCUCGCACAGCAUGGCGCCCACGUCUACAUGUGCACGCGGUCGCCAACCAAGGGGACAGCUGCCAUAGCUGGUAUCAAGGCGUUGUAUCCCCAGGCUCACAUCACGCUCCUGGAGAUGGAUCAUCUAUCGCUCGCUUCAGUAGUGUCUGCCGCAAAGCUCUUUCUUGACAAAGAAUCCAUGCUGCAUGGGCUGGUCAACAACGCCGGGAUAAUGGCCACGCCCUUUGAGAUGACCCAGGACGGAUACGAAGCACAGUGGCAAACAAACUACCUCGCGCACUGGGUCUUCACCACCCACCUGCUACCUUUGCUGCUCAGGACGUCCAAGGCACUUCCGCCAGGCAGUGUGCGGGUUGUGAACGUGUCUUCGGCUGGUCACCAUUCCGCACCCAGAGGUGGAAUAGACUUCGCCGACACAGCUCUCAGAAGUUGUAGCGGCAUGGCUCGCUACGGCCAAUCGAAGCUGGCCAAUAUCCUCCAUGUCAAGACGCUGGACAAGCGGUAUGGUCCAAGGUCGGCACAUGCCAAGGGGGGCAAUGGGGAGAUUUGGACGGCGGCUGUCCACCCCGGUCUGGUGGACAGUAAUCUGGGGGAGCACGCUGAGCUUCCACUCUUGUUGAGGAUGAUUAUCGCACCAUACAAGGCCGUUGGGGGCAGAAUGGACGGUGACCGGGGAUCCUGGACGAGUGUCUUCUGCGCGGCCAGCCUGGAGAUGAAGCCAGAGCACAGUGGUGGCUACUUCCAGAGAAUUGCUGAUCCACACGGCUGGCAGAGUGCCAUGGCCAAGGACCUGAGGCUUGCUGCGAGACUGGAAGAAUGGACCAGAGCAGAGAUGGAGAAGGAUGGUUGA